UAGAAUAAAUCAAGUGAGAAUCAAUGAUAACAUUUUAAACUGCUAUAUCAUAGAACUUUAAUAUUCUAGAUUUUAAUAAAAUAAUAAAUCUUAAAAAUAUAUUAUAAAAUUACUUAACUUGUGAAAAUUUAAUUUUUUAAUUAUAGUAAUAUAUAUAAUGGAAAUGGUAUGAAGAAUCUAAUAGAAGCUGAUAUAAAUGUUCAAUAAGUUUUAUAGUUAAUAUUGUAAUUAUAAUUAUCAGUGAUUAAGUUUGUAUUGUCUGAACUAUUUAUAAAGAGUAUAUUAUUUAAUAAAAAAUAAAAAAAAUAUUGUUAAAAUAAAUGAACUGUAAAAAAUUUAGUGUAAUUAUUUGUCACGGCUAAAAUGUCGUAUAAAAUUGGACAGCGUGUCGAAGUUCCUGGCAAAGAUUGUCAAGGAGUAAUAGCUUAUAUUGGUCAUUCGAGUUUUGCUCCAGGAAAAUGGAUUGGAGUCAUACUUGAUGAACCAAAAGGAAAAAACAAUGGAACUAUCAAAGGUCAAUCUUAUUUUAAAUGUGCUGAAAAUCAUGGAAUGUUUGUACGACAGUCACAACUUAUUUUAUUAGAUGAAGCAGGUAAUAGAACUGAACCUGCUAGUCCUUCUUCAGCAGGUAGCAAUGCUACUACGCCAGACGAAACUAGUGCAGCACGUGCUAGAAGUCGGUUGAAUAGCAUUAGUACACGUAGAAGAAAUGAACCAACUGCAGUACGGAGAAAAACAUCUCCUGCUCAUACAAGACAACAAUCUGACAAGCUUUCUGGUUCAAGACUAUCAUUGGCUGGUAGUAGAACACUUUUAAGUGCUCCAAGUACAGAAAGUUUAUCUGGAUCACAUCAUGAACGUAAAGAUGGAGGAGAAUCAUUAAUACCAGCCCCAACAUCCACUAAAGGAGCUUCAUUUGUUGAGAAGUCCCCUAGCACGAGCUCGCCUCCCGGCAAAAAGCCAAAGGCCCAAGAUGAUCACAAUAAUACAGGUUUUGUAGAAACUUUGAAACCACAAUUUGUACCUGGUCAAGUAAUGGCAGGCUCUGCAGCAGCUGCAAAUGUAGUAGAAGAAAAAUUAUCACAUUUACAACUUCAACAAGAAAAUGAAAAUCUGAAAUCUCAGGUUCGCGACUUAACUGAAAAAGUGGAAACGUUACGAGUAAAGAGAAUGCAAGAUAAAGAACGAAUAAAAGAUUUUGAAAAAACAAAACUUCAAGUUGAUCAACUUAUUGAAUUUAAAACAAAAGUUAUGGAGAGCCAAGCUAGUCUUCAAAGAGAAUUACAACGCGCACGUCAAGAAGCAAGAGAAGCACAUGCAGCAAGAGAACAAUUUCAAGAAGAAAUGGCAGAUCUUGCAGAAACCGUAGAAAUGGCAACAUUAGAUAAAGAGAUGGCUGAAGAAAAGGCUGAAACAUUACAAAUUGAAUUAGAACAAUUAAAAGAAAAAUUGGAAGAACAAACAUUAGAUCUAGAAAUAUUACGAACAGAAGUGUCUGAAAGAACUGCAGGAGGAGGUUCAACUGCUGGUGUUUCAAAUUAUGAAAUAAAACAAUUGGAACAACAAAACAAUCGAUUGCGAGAAACUCUUGUUAGAAUGCGAGAUCUUUCUGCACACGAAAAACACGAAUUUCAGAAACUUCAGAAAGAUUUAGAUCAAAAGAAAUCUGAAAUAUUAGAACUAGGUCGUACGAAAGAAAAAUUGUCUACCCGAGUAGAAGAAAUGGAACAUCAAAUAGCGGAUUUACAAGAACAAGUUGAUGCUGCAUUAGGUGCUGAAGAAAUGGUUGAAGUAUUAGGUGAGAAAAAAAUGGCGUUAGAAGAGAAAGUUGCAGAAUUGGAAGAGGCAGUUGCAGAUUUAGAAGCUUUACAAGAUAUGUCCGAUCAACUUGCUGAAUCAUCAAAAGAAUUAGAAUUAGAAUUGCGAGAAGAAUUAGAUUUAGCACUUGGAGCAGCGCGUGAUGCUUAUCGACAUCGAGAUGCUGCUUUAGAAACAUUAGCAGAUCGUGAACUUACAAUUACAAAGUUUCGCGAACUUACUCAUCAACUACAGGAACAGUGUUUGCAAUUGCAACAACGCGUACAAUCAACUGAAACAUCUAAAUUUGGAAUGGGAGGCGCAGAACAACAAUUAGCAGAAAUUUUAGAUUUUCAAAAAACUUUUGCUGAAACCCGUGCCCAAACAAAAGCUGUUGAUCUUGAAUUACGACGGUUGGAGGCUGAAGAAGCUCGAAAUCAUGUAAAAUAUUUAUUAUCUUUUAUGCCUCCUGCAUUUUUAGCACGAGGUGGAGAUCAUGAUGCUAUUUUAACGCUUCUACUUAUACCAAGAAUGAUACAAAAAACUGAAAUACUUAUGUCACAAGUGCGAGAAAAAUAUAGAUCAUUGGAUAAAGUAGAUAGAACAAUUGUUUUAAAGGGUCAUUCAGUAGCGCAAUAUACGUUCAGAUCGCGUCUUUGUUCAUACAUGUAUGCAUUACAAACUUUUCUUGGUUGUUUUGAAUCUGCAUUAAAUGUAUGUAGUCCUGAAAUGUUACUUAAAACUGGAGCAGUUUAUCCAGAAAUGGCCGCACAGGAAAAAUCUUUAGAUUCUUUGAUAGAUUUAGCAAAAAAAGAUCAAUUAGAUGAAAAUCUACCAAUGGAUGCUAUUGAAAAAUGUUGUGGAUACUUUUGUACUAUGUUUUCUGUAUUAUUUGGAGAAACUAUUAACCAAGCUCGCUUGAUAGUUAAUGGUACAAGAAUGUUGGAUAGUGCUUGUGAUGCUAUUACAACUGAUGCUGCAGCAAUUAAAACUUUAAUUCAGGGAGAUAGCGGUGAUAUAGGACUUCUUUGUCAACAUGCGGAGACUACGUGUGAAGUAAUUCAACAACAUUUAAAAUCAGCUAGAAGACGAGUAUUAACAGAUCAUGCUGCUGCAAUUCAUAUCGCAGAAUCUAACUUAGGAUUGGAUAAAGAUUGUAGCGAACAACUUUUUACAUGUUAUCAACAUGCUGUAAAAAUGAUGAAAACUUUACAGAUUUUAUUGAAAAGUGCUGUACAAGCAAUUAUUACUAAUGGUGAUUUAGAUACAGGUCUCAGUGUAGAUAAAUUGAAAGAAAUGGCUUCUAUUUCGUGUGAGAAAGUUUAUGAUACAGAAGAUAUUGGGCCUGUAGCUACGAUUAAAGGAAGCUUAUCAAGCAUUCAACAAUUAGCGGCUAGUUUAGCACAAAAAAUGGCAGAAUGUGAAAAUGAAUUAGCAAUAAGUGGACAUUUAUCACAACAACGAGAACAAAAUGCGGAAAAUGAAUCUGUACAGCCUAUUAAAAUAAGAGCACAAGCAGCGAAAAAAGAAGCUGAAGAAAUCAAGAUACUUAGUAGAAAAUUGGAAGCAAGAGAUAGCGAUAUACUUGAAGCAAGAUUAGCUCUUAGGGAAAAACAAGAAGAAUUAUGUGAAAUGAUUUUGAGAAAAGAUGUUGUGGAGAAAAAACUUGCAACUCAGCAACAUGAGCAUGAAUUGAAUGUAGAAAAAUUAAAAAGAAAACUAGAAGAAGCAUUAAAUCAAUUAAAACGAAAGGAAAAAGAAUUUGAAGAAACAAUGGAUCAUCUUCAAACAGAUAUUGAUAGUUUAGAAAUUGAAAGAGGCCAAUUAAAAGAAAAAUUAAAAUCAGUUGGGAAAAAGACAAUGUUGUCUGCAUCUGGAACAGAUAAUAUAUCUGGAAAUAUUACAACAACAUCUGGACUUCAAUCGAUAGAUAAUAAAUUUUUGAUGCAAGAAAUAACUGCUCUUAAAGAAGCAUUAAAUAGUGAAAACCAACAAAGGAAAAAAUUAAUGUCUAAUAUAUUACGUCAGAAAUUAGAAAGUUUGGAUCCAAUAAUUUCUCCAUUAAAACAGGAAUCAAUUGAUGCAAAAAUACAAGAAUUAAAACAAAAAACUAACGAUCUUAGCAAAAAUAUUAAACAAGUCAUGACAUUCCCUAUUGUUCCUGAUUUAAGGCGUAAUAAGGCACAUGAUUUGGAAGGGCCACCAUUAGAGAAAGCAUUGCCAGUUUAUCAACUAUUACAACGGCAGAUAGUCAUGAAAGGAUUAAAAGAACGAGCUGAUCAAUUGAUCAAUGAAGUUCUUGAAGAAGUUAUACAAAGAACAGUAGGUGGAAUGGCUGAAGCCAAUUUUGCAGUAUUCCCAAAUCGUGAAAUGGCCGCGGCAAUGCAAAAAAAUCAAUUGCUUGCUGCAGAAAUUGCAAUUCCUCAUGAAGGUCAAGAACAAGUUUUUACUGUUAAUGUAGGAACGCAGGAACUUAGGAAAAUUCAUACUUUGCUAUGCUAUUAAUUUUCAUUUGCUAAUUCUUAAUGCUAUACAUUAAUGUGGCAGAAUACAUUACCACAAAAAUAGUGGUAAGUGCAAUAUAUUUGUAAAAUAUUAAUUUGUAAUGUUCGCUUUUUAAUCACUUACACAUAAGCUAUGGUAGGCAUACACACAAUUAAUCUAUUUUAUGUGUAUCAAAAAACUAAUAAUUGAUUUAUUAUAUCCGAUGAAAGGAACGAUUUAAAUUUAGCGUUAAUUUGGAGCGUGCGAUUUUUAUUUAUUUACGAAUUGACUACAGCACGAUGACCGGUGCAUUGUAGCUGAUAGUCUGUCUGUCUCUAGUAUUUUGUUAUCUUAUUAUCUUAAACUCAAUUAUUAUUAUUAUUAACAAUUUGAACGAUAAAAUUAUGUGUUUCUAUGGCUUCUGUAUAAUAUUUUUCGGGAAUCGUCAAAUAUAUGAUUUAAAAAUA